GACCGCGACGUCCCAAUGGGACGAUGACGCCCGCGUCGGUUCGCGUCUGACAGGUCCGCGCACGUUGCCACGAGGCGCGCGGAUAAGGCUCUCGUACUCUUCCCGCGUCACUUCGCGCGGAAGGAAUCUGGAGGUUUUGCGUGUGGCUGUGCAUGUGUGUGUUGCAGAUGCGAUCUCGUUGCUGAUCCGAUCAAGGUGAACGUUACCGAGAAGCAGAGGCGAGACGCACCACGAGGAGGCGAUUGGAGGAAGAGACGAAAAGACGAGGAAAAACGGUGGAGAAAGCGUUGGAAAAGGAAAAACUCGCCUGGUGUGUGUGACAUAGAGGAAGCCGAGGGCGUUCCUCUUCGAGAGAGACAAGACAAGCAGAAGUUGCAUCACGUUCGAUCAUGACGCAACAAAGUGGAGCUGGGUCACCCCAGCAGUUCUGUCUGCGCUGGAACAAUUAUCAGACUAAUCUGACCAACGUCUUCGAUCAGCUCUUACAGAGCGAAAGUUUCGUGGACGUAACCCUGGCCUGUGACGGGCAUAGCGUUAAAGCCCAUAAAAUGGUCCUGUCGGCCUGCAGCCCAUACUUUCAGGCGCUCUUCUUCGACAACCCCUGCCAGCAUCCUAUAGUCAUCAUGAAGGACAUCAAGUGGCCGGAGCUCAAGGCCGCGGUCGAGUUCAUGUACAAGGGUGAGAUCAACGUCUCCCAGGAGCAGAUUGGGCCAUUGCUCAAGGUCGCGGAGAGUCUCAAGAUCCGCGGCCUCGCGGACGUCAACAGCGAGCAGGAGCUGACGUCCAGGCCGACUCUGGAGGAGGUCGCGACCGCGGCGAUGCAGCGGAAGAAACGUCGCCGGAUAUCCGGCGAUCGCUCCCCAUCCGGUAACAGUCCGGAACGUGUCGGCUCCGGCAGCAUCGGCCCCGACGACGACGUGAUCGGUAGUAACAUCGUCGUGCCCGAGAUUCACAGCAUGGUGCCGUCGACGGCCAGCUCGACCCCGAGGUCUCUCGGCUCGCCCAGCACGCCCAGCAUCUCCGUCACGCCGCAGAUCAACCUGCAGGAACUUCCGGUCUCGCUACCCUUACCGCCACCCCCGCAGCCACCGCCGCAGGGACAGCAGAGCUCGCACCCCUUGCCAACCCACCACGUGCCCGGCCACGUGACUUCCGGUCCGCACGCGCCCGUCAACCACCUGGGCGGCCACAGCCAGCAGCUCAGCGUGCAACAGCAGCAGCAGCAACAGCAGCAACAGCAGCAGCAGCAGCAACAGCAGCAUCAUCAACAGGGCGCCGGCAAUCAACCCGGCGCCGGCGACGACCUCGAGAUCAAACCCGGCAUCGCGGAGAUGAUUCGGGAGGAGGAAAGGGCCAAGUUGUUGGAGUCGUCCCACGCUUGGCUCGGCGCCUCCACCUCCAGUAUAGCAGCAGACAGCUACCAGUACCAGCUGCAGUCCAUGUGGCAAAAGUGCUGGAACACCAACCAGAGUCUGGUGCACAAUCUGCGCUUCCGGGAACGUGGACCCCUCAAGUCUUGGCGACCAGAGACUAUGGCGGAGGCGAUCUUCAGCGUACUGAAGGAAGGACUCUCCCUCAGCCAAGCGGCAAGGAAAUACGAUAUCCCCUACCCGACGUUUGUCCUGUACGCGAAUCGAGUACACAACAUGCUGGGUCCUAGCGCCGACGGCGGGGCCGAUUUGCGCCCGAAGGGACGAGGACGACCGCAGAGGAUUCUGCUGGGUGUCUGGCCAGACGAGCAUAUCCGCGGUGUGAUUCGCGCGGUGGUAUUCCGCGACGGUCACUCGCCACACAUCGUGAAGGAGGAGCCGACCACGAUGUACCCCAGCCUGGCGAACUACGCGGCUUGCAAUGGCCCGGAAGGCGCAGUCAGUCCGGGUGCGGCAGCUGCGGCUGCGGUCGCGGCGGUCGCUCAAGGUCUGCGACACCAGAUGUGCAGCAUGGUGGCAGCGGCGCAUUCGCAGCAACACGAUAUGAUGGCGACGAACCUGUCGACGAAUCUGUCUACCAGUCUGUCGUCAAAUCUACAAGCGGCGAUGCAGGCUAGCCAGCACCACAACAACAAUAACACGAGCAACGCGAGUGGCGGCCUCGGCAGCAGCAAUAGCGCCGGCAACAACAAUGGCAAUUCGCCAUUGAAUCUCGGUCUGGCGAGCCCGGGCUCGGGUGGACCGCCCGAGAGUCCGUUGGAGAGUCCUCUGGCGAGCCCGUUGGGUCCGCUGAUGGAUCCAGCGGGUCACAUACCCAGUAGCGUGGAAGUCGGCAUCGGCGUGAGCGGCAUGACGUACAAGCCGGCACGGAGCUUUGUCAGUCCACGCCCGGAGAAUCUCUUCCAGGAGGACAUCGCCGAUCUGGUGAAGAGCCCCCACGGUCUUAAGGACAAGGACAAGAUCCCGGUGAAGCUUGAACCGCUCACGGACUCGCGCUGCGAAUAGUAAGUCAUUAUGGUGGCUGCGGAACGAGGAGGAGAGACGACUACAUCAGCUCCUAUGGGAUCGUCGUCGGCCGUGGAAGGACGACGUGCGUCGAUGACCCCGAGGAGGAUCUCUUUCUCUUCGAGGCCGUCAGCGGCCGAGGACCGGUGAUGCGAGCCGAUAGACUUCUCGCGAAGAAUCAAGCAUUGUCCGAUUCACUUCACCUCCACUCGCGGGAGUUUAUAAUAUGUAUAAACGCGACUCCGAACGUUAUACGCGAGCGCGAUGUAUUGUGCAUACGAAAAUCUUAGAGGGAUAUUAGAGAAAAAGAGAGGCUUACAAUCAAAAGAAAAAAAAAAUAAUAAUAAACUGACGGAGACACACGAGUGCGGACGAGAUAAGCUAGAGUGUCGAGAAUUUCUCGCCUGGGCUCAGCUCCGGGGAAGAACGAUCGAACGGUAGUGGACCGUCCUAGACGAGGAUCGCUCGGUCGGAACCUUCGACAGCGGAAAAGCAGAAACGGAGGAAAGGAGAGAGAGCGAAAGAGAGUAAAAACCUUCUUCUAGCAAACAUACUAUAGCUAUACUAGGUCGCCGGCGCCUCGCGAGCGCGCCGCCACCUUUUUCCAAUCUAGAUAGUCGUGUCAUCGUCGUGUCGUACAGACUAUGUACAUGUAAUAAAGAUAAAAAAAAACCCCCCACACGUUACACACAUGCGCACACGUAUGAAUAUACAUACAUUCACACAUGGACAACACGAGCGCGCGCCGUACAUAACAAGAUACACACUCGAAAUUUAUACCUACGCAUUAUACGAUAACUGUACUUUUAAUGCCAAAUGUAUAAUAACUCGUAAGGGGUCGCCUACUGCCGAAUGAUUGACUAUUUGAGACGGGUAUCGAGACGAGAAAAAUAAGCCGCCUCGAACAAAGCUGCACGUUGUAUUAUCGAGUCCUUACACAACGUGUCAUGGAUCAGUUUGUGAUACACUCCUAAUUUUUAGGUGUCGCAAAAGAGAGUUGCUUGAAAU